CAAUGAAAGAGCAUCGUCCGCAUCUCCGCGAUCGCACUACCUGGACAAGUAAUCUCAGCGACGAUUCUCUAACAUUGUGUGUCGGAUGCCUUUAUAAUCAGGUGCUCGAAGGCCCUUCCCUGUCGCAGUGGAUUCCACUUCUUGCUCCGCGUCUCUUCCCUUCACAUCCGAUGUCGUGGUGCUUUAGACGCUGCAGCUGCCCUGACCCGUUCACAUACUAUCGUCCCUCCGCGCACAACUUUCGAAUCCAUCCCUGAUCAAGCAUGGCUGCCAACGCGCUGUUGCGGCCCCUGGAUCGGAAGCGCCCGCAUGAGCUCAAGCUUUCCCCACUCCAGCCGACACAUGCUCUGUCGAGUAAGAUUGCAGGCGUAUCCAGCAUGCAGGCGAACCGUCAGCGCGGCGUGGAGGAGUGCCAUCCGCCUCAUCCCCGUGUGCAAGAACCAGAUCCGGACGGACUGUCUUCAUCAUUAUCAUCCUUGCCUAGCCUCCGCUUCGCCCGUCGUCACAGCGCGAUCCCCUUGCUCAAGAUCGACCCCAUCCGAGCUAAUUUGCUCCAAGACCCCGGCCACCUAUCCGCGUCAGCAGUCACCCUCCCGCCGAUCGUCGCCUCACACGACCUUUCUCCCUUUGCGCCCCCACAUCUGUUCAGCCCCCGCUCGCCCCUCUCAGGCUCAUUCCCCUCGACAUUUGGAAAUGCACUGACUCCGCGCAUCUACGAAUCGUGGUAUGGCGGCGACCUGCCCUUUGCGCUCUUGAGCGCCAGCCGGACCGCCGAGAUGCCCUACUGGAUGCGCCAGGGCUUGCCGUCGCCAAGCUGGUCGCCUGCGCUCUCGUGCUGCACAAGCGUGUCGAGCGCCAGGGACGAAUCGACUGAUACGCUCGAGAUUGGACCCGCCAGGCGCAACUCGAUCGCCCUCGUCACCAGUGAUGAGAAGGCGGAAUUCGGGCUUGGGCUUGGGCUCGGGCUCGGGCUUGGCCUCUCUCUGUGCUCUACUCCAAUGAGAACAGUACAGUCUCUUCAGGAACACAAAGCCAUGUCGCUCAUGGACAGCAUGGUACCGAUUCGUGCGCGCACUUCCACCGUCACACAGCAGCGAAAAGCCAACAAGCGGGCUCUAGAAGCGUCCGAAGUUGCCGCACCGUCAAAGCGUUUCCUUCUCGAUCGGGAACCAGCCUCGGAACCGCCACGCCACAUUCAUCGUCCUCAAUCAUCCGACCGUUACGACCCUUGGCAGUAUCCGCCGUGCUCACCUAGCGGAAUCGAGAUUACCUCCCCACGCGCGCCAGCCCCAUCCAAAUCCCCUCCCCUCCCUGCUCCGGAUCGUACAUCUUCAACUCCGGCAACCAACCUCACAUUCCCCGCGCCCUUCAUCCACCCACUGGGACGUCUGCGAUCCGAGCCGCCCGCUGAGCAACGGCGUGCGACAGCAUCGUACCUCUCGCCCGAAAGGCAAGGCGCCAGGUUUGCCGGCGACGUGUACACCCCCGCUUGGGUUCGCACGGCAAGGCUCGGCGGGAAGAAAUCGUCCACCGGCUUGAAAGGUAGCAAGGAGGCCUGGUGCGGCUUGUGCGAUGCGAGCGACCCUAAGCACCCGGGCUGGCUGCACCUAAAGAACUCGUCGUACAGAUAUCACCUUCUGAGGCACCACGGUGUCAGUCCGCGCAGCCUCACUCUCUUCAGGCCACCAGUGGUCCUUCGGCCAUCUGCAGAAGGAGUGGACCUGAUGGAAGGCAAGUGUCAUUCGUGCCAACGCUGGGUCACGAUUUCAAUGAGCAACCACACCAAAUGGAGCAUUCAUGCAUCAGCAUGUCACGUCUAUCCCUCUUCGUUGCCCGUUGACAACGAGUCCAGCGGCGACAAUGCUCACGGUGCCGCACCCCGUGUCUCCAUCUAGACCCACCCGACGAUUCCUACUCAAGUAACAACAUCAGCAUCCCAUACCCAGCAUCCGCAUAGGCCAGUUGCAACAUGUCAUGUUCUUUAUUUUCUCCAGAUGAUUCUUCCUAGUACAGCG